AUGGAAACCACCGUCUCCCAGCAACCACCGCCUUCCAAGGUGACCACCGCGCCGCCGCUACUCCUCAUCCAUCGUAUUCCCCAGAUUAAAUCCUCUUUCUUUCCGUUCCUCCAAUCCGGCCAGUACCGGAUUCUGGACCCGCUCGAUGAAUCCGACCUGUCAUUCCCGACCCUCUCGAAAUCAGCUCGGGUUAUGCUCUGCCUGGGGCCGUCGCGGGUCACCGCCGAGACCUUGGACCGGUACCCGUCGCUGGAGUGCAUUGUGGGCUCCAGCGCCGGCUACGACCACUUCGACCUCGCCGAGUGCCGCCGCCGGGGCAUCCGCGUUACCACUGCCGGAGACUCUUUCUCCGAUGACGUCGCUGAUUUCGCCAUCGGGCUCUUAAUUGACGUCCUCCGCCGGGUCUCCGCCGCCGACCGGUUUGUUCGGGCCGUUUCGUGGCCUAAGAAAGGAGAGUUUCCAGUCGGUUCCAAGGUAGGGGGAAAGCGGGUUGGGAUUGUGGGUUUGGGGAGCAUUGGCUUAAGGAUCAGCAGAAGACUGGAGGCCUUCGGCUGCACCAUUGCCUACACCUCAAAGAACAUCAAACCCAACAUUCCCUUCUGUUUCUACGAAAACAUCAACCAUCUCGCUUCAAACUCCGACAUCCUAGUCGUUUGCUGUGCGCUGACACAAGAAACCCACCACAUUGUCGACAAGAACGUCAUGCUGGCGCUAGGAAAGGGUGGCAUCAUCAUAAACGUCGGCCGUGGCCCUCUCGUCGACGAAAAGGAACUGGUUAGGCUGUUGGUGAGCGGUGAGAUUGGAGGGGCUGGUCUGGAUGUUUAUGAAGACGAGCCUAAUGUGCCGAGGGAGCUUUUCGGGUUGGACAACGUUGUGUUGUCUUCGCAUGUGUCGUUUGCUACUCCUGAGGCGAUUGCUCAACUUCAUGCCUUGGUUGCCACCAACUUAGAGUCAUUCUUUUUGAAUAAAGCUUUGCAGGCUGAAAUUCGGCUUCAAUGAUAAUAUCGAUCGAGGCCGCGGGGAAUUGUAUGUUUCAUCGUACGUACGUGUAUGAGAAAAAUUUACAAGCUUUGAAUUAUACUAUGAAUAAAGAUACAUACAGAUAUACAAU